AAACAUUAUGUAUGAGAUCUGAAUAGACUUGAAAUUGAAAACCAAAGUAAACAAUAUCCUAAAAUUAAUAUGGGAUGCAAUUAGGACCCAGUAAUCCGAAUAUCAAAGUGGAGCUAAUUUCAAGUUAAUUUGAUUCAUUUUUUCUUGUUUAGUUUUCUUCAGCAGAAACCAAUAAACUUCUUUUUGAACGAACAAUUUUGAACUUGCAAUCUCUUUUCCGACUCAGUCAACCGAUCACUGAGAGGCUGCCCAUCCAUGGCAACCGACUUCAAAUCAAUCCCAAUUAUAGAUAUUAGUCCAUUAGUGGCAAAGUGUGAUGAUCCAAAGAGAGUUCAAGACCCAGAUGUUCUUGAAGUUGUUGGACAAUUAGACCAGGCUUGUAGAGAAGCUGGAUUCUUCUAUGUGAAGGGACAUGGUAUACCCGAUUCCCUCAUUAAAGAUGUUAAGAAUGUGACACGCAAAUUUUUUGAUCUUCCCUAUGAAGAAAAGUUGAAAAUCAAGUUGAGUGCUGCUGCUGGAUACAGGGGAUAUCAGAGGAUCGGAGAAAACAUAACCAAAGGCAUUCCUGAUAUGCAUGAAGCCAUCGAUUGUUAUAGAGAGGUAACACCAGGGAUGUAUGGAGCGCUUGGCAAGAUCAUUGAAGGAGUUAAUCAAUGGCCACAUGAUCCACCUUAUUUCAAAGUACUGAUGGAGGAGUAUAUCAGCUUUUGCACAGACUUGUCAAGAAAAAUUAUGCGGGGAAUUGCUCUGGCAUUGGGUGGAUCAGCUGAUGAAUUUGAAGGUGAACGAGCUGGAGAUGCAUUUUGGGUGUUGCGUGUCAUUGGUUAUCCAGGUGUUUCCAAUACAAAUGGCCAAAAUGCACCUGAAAACGACAUAGGAUGUGGAGCUCACACAGACUAUGGUUUGGUGACAUUGGUCAAUCAGGAUGAUGGUAUUACCGCACUUCAGGUGAGAAACCUGUCUGGUGAGUGGAUAUCUGCCCCUCCAAUUCCGGGAACAUUUGUAUGCAACAUUGGAGAUAUGCUGAAGAUUUGGUCUAAUGGUAUGUAUGAUUCCACUCUGCACCGAGUUAUCAACACUUCUCCAAAAUAUCGGGCCUGCGUAGCUUUUUUCUACGAGCCCAACUUCGAUGCUGCAGUGGAGCCUUUAGAUAUUUGUAAGGAGAAGACUGGAGGUAUUAAGAAGUUUGGAAAAGCCGUUUAUGGAGAGCAUCUAGCAAGCAAACUUGAAACCAAUUUUGUUUGAGCUCUAGAUCUUGUUAUUAUCUUGUAUUUGCUAUCGAAUAAUCCCAAGUUGCCGCAACAAGGUUUACUUUGGAUGAAAAAAAAAAACGAAAAAAAGAAGAAAUACAGUACGCAAAUGUUGCAAUCUCAACAUUGAAAGCAACCUCUGUUUUUACCCUAUUGAUUUCGGAGGAAUUUCAUCCCAGUGAAAGUCUACUCUCAACAAUGUGGCACUACAAUGUAACCUUUGUUUUUUUUUUCUAAUGGAUGGAAUGUGGAUGCAAAA